AUGGCCACCGCCAGGGACGGCGGGCGCAGCGGCAAGGCCGCGGCGAAAAGGGUGGCGCGGUCGAAGUCGCUCCGUAGUCGCCAGGACCUGCUGCCCGUCACAGUCACUGAGCUGGAGACGCUGAAGCAGCUGCCGCUGCAGCGCUGGGACGACCGGCAGCGGACUCUUCUCAACAUGACGUUCCGGCCCUGGGCGUUGACAGCGACCGACUCCAGCUGCCGCCGCAUGGCCACGCGCUUUUCUGCGGGGCUGAGGCCCACGGCGCUGGUGAGCCUGCCCAGCAGCGGCAACACCUGGCUCCGCCAGCUCAUAGAGGGCGCCACCGGCGUCUUCACCGGCAGCCCUGUACUCGGACGUGGUGCUCAUCAGGGAAGGCAUGUACGGGAGAUAGUACCGUACGACUCUGGCACCACGAUCGCGCAGAAGACGCACGGCUUCACCACGCUGGAGGGCGUGACGGCGGAGCCCGAGCAACAGCGGCGCGUGUUUUCACACGUGACGCAGUUCGGCUGCCGCGCCGUGCUGCUCGUGCGCAACCCGCUGGCGGCUCUGCUCAGUCAUCGGCACCUGGACGCUGCCGGCCACCUCGGCUUCGCGCCUCCCAGCCACUUCGAGGGAGAAGGCUGGCAAGAGUACGUGAGCGAGAAGGCUCUGUUUUGGCGUAAGCUGUACGCUGACUGGAUUGGUCAGUGUCCCACGGACCAGCUGCUGCUGGUGCGGUACGAGCGGCUGCUGGAGGACCUGCCGACAGAGCUGGGACGCGUGCUGCGUUUUCUGGGCGUCCGGCCCGACCCGGCCCGGCUCCGCUGCCUCUACAGACGUAACGAGGGGCCGUGA